GUGAUGUUGGACUCAGUGACACACAGCACCUUCCUGCCCAACGCGUCCUUCUGCGACCCCCUGAUGUCGUGGACUGACCUGUUCAGCAAUGAAGAGUAUUAUCCUGCCUUUGAGCAUCAGACAGCCUGUGACUCCUACUGGCCGUCUGUCCACCCUGAGUACUGGACGAAGCGCCACGUCUGGGAAUGGCUCCAGUUCUGCUGCGACCAGUAUAAGCUGGAUGCCAACUGCAUCUCCUUCUGCCACUUCAACGUCAGCGGCCUGCAGCUGUGCAGUAUGACACAGGAGGAGUUCAUCGAGGCAGCUGGUGUCUGCGGGGAGUACCUGUACUUCAUCCUCCAGAGCAUGCGCUCACAAGGUUACUCCUUUUUUAAUGACCCUGAAGAGACCAAGGCCACCAUCAAAGACUACGCUGUUUCCAGUUGCUUGAAAACAAGUGGCAUCAAAAGUCAAGACUGUCACAGUCAUAGUCGAACAAGCCUCCAGAGCUCUCACCUAUGGGAAUUUGUGAGAGACCUGCUUCUAUCUCCUGAGGAAAACUGUGGCAUUCUGGAAUGGGAAGAUAGGGAACAAGGUAUUUUUCGGGUGGUUAAAUCAGAAGCCCUGGCAAAGAUGUGGGGACAAAGGAAGAGAAAUGACAGAAUGACGUAUGAAAAGUUGAGCAGAGCUCUGAGGUACUACUAUAAAACAGGAAUUCUGGAACGGGUCGACCGAAGAUUAGUAUACAAAUUUGGAAAAAAUGCACACGGGUGGCAGGAAGACAAGCUAUGA